AGAACUUAGAAAAUACAAGUCGGCAAGGUUCGUUCACGAUAUGCCAAAGCCUCACACCAAGUCUCGUUUCGGUUGCAAGGAGUGCAAACGACGUAAGAUAAAAUGCGACGAGGUACGGCCUUCAUGUACCAGAUGUACCAAUUUAGGGCGACAAUGCUUAUAUCUUGCCGCCUUCAGUGUUUCCACACUUCCUACGCUCCCUACACUCCCUACUACACUACACUCUUCAACAGAACCCAGCCGUGAAUGCACCCCAAGCACCUCGUUAUGCACCUCUCAAUCCAGCCCGCCAGAAACUAUUUCAACUACUUCAGCUCCGUCAUAUGUGCUUGUCGAGUCGUACAGUUUAUUCCACAUGGAGUUACUGAAUCAUCUUAAGAACCAAAUGGUGAAGCUUGUUCAACCAAUUCAUAUUGAGCUCAGUCAACUUUUCGAUCUUGCGUAUGAGGAAGCCCUCAAAAUUCCAUAUUUGAUGGACGAGUUGAUUGCCUUUUCCGCUGCCCACAAGAGCACUCUUACAGGCGAAAGUCAGUCUUCCUACCGGAUCGAAUCAACUAGACUACAAACUCGCGCACUAAAUCAAUUCCAUACUCAAUCUCCAGAAGUUACCGACGAUAACUGUCUGGCUCUCUUCGUUUUCUCCACUAUCCUUGGGCAGCAUGUGCUCUUUGACGCGCUAUCGGCCUCCUUGGAACUUUCAACGGUCCUAGACAAACUCACACAAUGUAUCGAUAUACAUCAUGGCAUCCGCGCUGUCGCUGGUCAAUCUUGGCAGAAAGUCUCCAUCAUUUUUCGGGAUCGGAUAUCUUUAGACCUCGCGUACGCAGGGAAAGAUAUUGCAGCCACGUCAGGGAUUGAGUGCGAUAACCUCUUACAGCGGCUUGGCGAGGAGGUGUCGGACCAACCCACACUCCGGGUAUAUGUGGAGGCCGUCAAGAUACUCCAGUAUCUCUUCGAUUCUCUGCACUCUUCCGACGCUCGACGAUUCGUUGUCGUGCAGGAGUGGCUCGUGCGCGUCUCAAAGCAGUAUACGCAAUGCCUACGUCAGAGGCGGCCAGAAGCUCUUGUUAUCCUUGCCUACUUCGCGGUACUCUUGCACCGCGCCAGCGACUACUGGGUCGUCGGUCAAUCUGGAAGAUUUAUAAUAAAGGCCAUCACCAGUCAUCUGGGCCCAUAUUGGACCGACUGGCUCGAGUGGCCGAAUCGCUCCGUAUGGAAAGUAAAUUAACACCGUCAUAUAGCACCAAUUACUAUCAAGCGUGAGAAUAUAACGACAGAAAACAGCCAGCACCUUAAGAUACGUGCCUUCUCCGCUUUAUCCUAUUUGUUUUAUUAGCGAUCACAAUCCAGGGGUUCUAAGGGGUUAAAAAUUGCUCCAAAUUUAAUAGUAAAAAUACCCGGGAGGGGUAUUUCGUCAUAUUUAUACGAAAUAGAAAAUAUGAUAAAAAUG